AAAGCACCAGAUACUAUUUCUGCAAACCCAACACUUUCUUCAAUGAACCACGCCACAGUCCCGUCAUACACUAACCCUAAUUCCAACUUCACUCCCUACGUUUCCAGAGCACAUGUCUGCAAACCCAACACCUUCUUCAACGAACCACUCCACAAUCCUAUCAUACACUAACCCUAAUUCCAACUUCACUAUAAAUUCACACUUCCAAAUGUUCAAUCCUUCACAAGAUUCCACCAAUUUCAACUAUCACAUUCCUUAUCAAUCCAACACCAUAAACCCUAACAAUAACCAACGUUGGUUGUUUCCUCCACCAGUGGUUCCUUCUGCAUUAGCCUUCGAUCCAGCCCUUCGCCCGCCUGGAACUGAACCAAAUGCCAAUUCAGGCUCAUACUCGUGGACCCAUGUUGUAUUCCAAGCUCAAACGCCAUUUGGUGAAGACCCAAAUGCUGGUUCUCAGAAUGGGGCUAUCCAACAAGCUGAACCCAUUGGACACGAAGCUUCUAUCAAGUCUCUGAAUGAGAGUUUGUUAGUGCCCACCACUUCAAAUUCUUUGUGGAAUAGCAAUGUGACAAAUCGGUGUGAUGUUUGUAAUAUCAGUUGUAGUAGCAAAGAAAAUUACGAGGCACACAUAUUGGGAAAGAAACACCAGAAAAAAAUCAGAAUGCAAUAUAAUCCCACUGCUGCAGUCUCUAAUGUUCUAAACAAUAUCAGUCUGCCAAGCCAAACAAGCAGUGUAGGUGGGCAAGUGAUAUUUGGGGGUUCAGGUGUGGCUGCUGGUGAAGAAUUGGAAACAAAGAGACGUAAGGUUGUGAAUGGUGGUGCAGCAGUUGAUUCUGUGGGGGUUUGCACAAUAUGCAACGUUGUUUGCAAUAGCCAAGAAGUUUACAUUAAGCACUUGGCUGGUAAAAGGCACAAGGCUCAGGCUAGCUUAGUGGCUCCAAAUGUUGGCCCAUAUUUUGCUGCAGCUCAAUCUGAAGUUACUGGCAUUUGGAGUAAAGAUCCAAAUAAAAUCAAACUUGUUCAGUCUGCAUGGUGUGAAGUUUGUAAAGUCAAUUGUAACAGCAAUGACACCUACAUCAAACACCUAGUUGGAAAGAAACAUCAGAAGAACUUGGAGCAACUUGAAAAGUUAAAGAAUGAUGGCAGUGCCUCAACCUCAAAUGUUCCAUCAGCUGCAACAAAUGCUAUAAUUGGACCAAUGGAAAAGCCAGGAGUCAAGGGUUCCCAGCCAGAGGAGGAUUUGGAGACAAAGAAGCGAAAGAUCAUAUCAGGAGGAGCAGCAGCUGGUGCGGUUAGAAUGUGUACUGUAUGCAAUGUGGUGUGCAAUAGUCAGACAGUUUUCAGUUCUCAUCUUGCUGGUCAGAAGCAUGCUGCUAUGGUGAAGAAACAGGCAGAAGUUGGAGUAGCAAUCAGAGCCUCUCAACAGAUAACCGCAUCCUGAAACCUGAAUUCGGCUUCAUUAUGGCUCAAAGAUCUUCAUUGGUGGAGUUGUAUAGCUUACUUUUGCACAAUUGUCAAGCAGCACCAACAGCAAUAGCGACAGCUCAUUUGAUGUUGAGGACUCCUACAAAUUGGGACAAGAUGUAGAGAGGUGUGAUUUUUGUAUCCUUUUAUUUUUCGGUUUAUUUUUUAAGAUGGCUUGUUUGGAACAGAAGAGAGAAGAUUUGCUUGGAUAUGCUAACAGAGUUUAAGGAAGAAGACAGAGAGUUCUAGAAUAUUCAUAGAGAGGAAUUUGGAGGAAAUAUUACUUUUUGAUUUCUGUAUUUCUCAUUGAAUGAAACCAAUGCACAUGGGAUUACAGACUUUAUACUACAGCAGAAAUCACGGGGAUUACAAUAACAGUCUAACCAUAAUGACACGUCAGCUAACAACCUUCCAAGCUGACUAACCUUUAGCCAAACAGGAUAUUGUGUGACACAAAAAAUAUAUUGGUACUGGAUUAGCUAUAUACGUAAGAAUUGACAGUGAAUUAUGUCAUAACAAGCAUCUUGAGAUAGUUGUGCCAAUACAUUCCAUUUCCAUUGUAUUGGUUGGAGUCUUGAUUUGUACGGUUUUACUGCUUGUUUUUAAACUAGAGCAUACUUCUCACGGAAUUUUGGUUUUUUUAUAUUUUUAUUUGACUUGCUGUUGCCAUCUUGUUACCUUGUGGAAGUUGUUAAAUUUCAUUCCCAAUUACUACUACCUUAUUUAUAUGUUUAUUUACUUUAAAAAAUACUUGAUUUGUAUGCAGCUAAAGAAAUAAAAAGACAUGUUGAAAGAAUCACAAUCCCAAAGCUUGGGGUUGAUCAGGAUAAUGUUUAUAUUUUCUUUGCAUACCGUAUUUGCCAAUGUGGGUGUUAACAGGGGCACCAGUAUCUCACUUUGCUGCUAGCCCUCCCUCGCUCACUCACUCACCUGUAGGGGUUCUCAACCAAUUUAUUACUUAUUUGAUUACGGAUAAGUUUGAAUUGUCUCCCAGUCAUGAAGUCUGUAGAUCUUACAUCUACUGUCUCUGUGUUAAGAGAAAGUGGGGCAUGUGGGUUAGGCUAGAGGUCUGUGGCAUGUGAAGUGUUAUGUAUGAGUUCUGGCCUCUUGCAAGAGCAAGAGUUCUUAUUGGCGCCUUAGGUUUU